AUGGUUUCUUUCACCAAGCUCUUCGUCGCUGCCUCGGCCGUUCUGGGCGCCUGGUCUGCCCCCACUCCCGAGCUGGCUGAGCGCCAGGCCAUCACCAAGAGCCAAACUGGUAUGAACAAUGGCUUCUACUACUCCUUCUGGACCAACGGCGGUGGCCAGGUCUCCUACACCAACGGUGCUGCUGGUCAGUACAGUGUGAACUGGAACAACGCCGGUGACUUCACCUGCGGUAAGGGCUGGAGCAAGGGUGCUGCUCGCAACAUCAAGUUCGAGGCCAACUUCAAGCCCUCUGGUAAUGCUUACCUGGGUGUCUACGGUUGGACCAAGGGUCCCCUGAUCGAGUACUACAUCCUCGAGAACUACGGCUCCUACAACCCCGGCUCUGGCAUGCAGCACAAGGGCACCGUCUACAGCGACGGUUCCAACUACGACAUCUACCAGCACACUCAGGUGAACCAGCCCUCCAUCUCCGGCACCCAGACCUUCAACCAGUACUGGUCCAUCCGUCAGAGCAAGCGCUCCAGCGGUACCGUGACCAGAGGCAACCACUUCAACGCCUGGGCCAAGCUCGGCAUGAAGCUCGGUGCCCACGACUACCAGGUUCUGUUGACCGAGGGUUACCACAGCAGCGGUACCUCCACCGUCACCGUCUCCGCUUAA